AGAAAUCUCCUUGAGCCCUAAAAAAGCAGAGAGAGAGAGAGAAGAACAUAGAGCAGUGGAAUAGAAACGUAGGAUAGCGUACGAGAGGAGCGAUUAUAUAUACAUUCAUUCAUAAUAACAAUGUUAGCACUCUUACUACCGCCGGCUUCGCCUUCACCAUUCCUCUCUUUCAAUCGAUUCCCUCACAUUUCUCCUUCUUCCUCCUUUCCUACUAGUGACUUACUCCGGGCGGCAUCUAGACGACUUAUUUCUGCUACGAAGACGGCGCAAUCAGUAUCCACAAUGGCAACUGAGGAAGAAAAUGUUGGUAAUAUAAAGCGACAAUUAGCUAAAAUAUUCGAUGUAUCCCUCAGAGCGACGGUCCCUGAGGAGACAGAUGUUGAGCCUUUAGUUGCUGCUUGCGCUGGAAAAUUUGGCGACUAUCAGUGCAAUAACGCAAUGGGCCUUUGGUCUAAAAUAAAAGGAAAAGGAAGUCAGUUCAGGGGUCCUCCUUCCGUUGGACAGGCCAUCAUGAAUAAUCUUCCUCCAUCUGAAAUUAUAGAAUCAAGUUCGGUGGCAGGCCCUGGUUUCGUGAAUGUCGUAAUAUCUAAGAAUUGGAUUGCUAAGAGCAUACAAAAAAUGCUAAUUGAUGGUAUUGAAACUUGGUCACCCCGGCUUCCGAUUAAAAGAGCAGUAGUUGAUUUCUCCUCACCUAAUAUAGCCAAAGAAAUGCAUGUCGGUCACUUAAGAUCUACGAUCAUUGGAGACACUCUAGCUCGAAUGCUUGAAUUUUCAAAUGUUGAUGUUCUUCGAAGAAACCAUGUUGGUGAUUGGGGAACACAGUUUGGUAUGUUGAUCGAAUUCCUGUUUGAAAGAUUUCCUAACUGGGAAGAGGUUACUGAGACAGCUAUUGGAGAUCUGCAGACAUUCUAUAAGGCAUCAAAGCAGAGAUUUGAUAGUGAUCCUGCAUUUAAGGAGAGGGCUCAACAGGCAGUGGUUCUUCUUCAGGGUGGGGAAGCUAAAUAUCGCAAGGCUUGGGCACAAAUAUGUGAAAUCAGCAGGAAUGAAUUUAAUAGGGUGUAUGAACGCCUUGGAGUUGAAUUAGAGGAGAAGGGAGAGAGCUUUUACAACCCGUACAUUCCUAAUGUCAUAAAAGAAUUGGCUGAUAAGGGUUUAGUGGAAGAAAGCCAGGGUGCUCGUGUAAUCUUUAUCGACGGAAUAAAUAUUCCUCUCAUUGUUGUCAAGAGUGAUGGUGGUUUCAAUUAUGCUUCAACUGAUCUUGCAGCCAUCUGGUUUCGCCUUAAUGAAGAGAAAGCUGAAUGGAUUAUAUACGUUACUGAUGUUGGGCAGCAGCAGCACUUUGACAUGGUUUUCCGGGCUUGUAAACGUGCUGGCUGGCUUCCACUUGAGGAUAAUAAGUAUCCCAAAACAACCCAUGUUGGUUUUGGUUUGGUUCUCGGUGAAGAUGGCAAGCGUUUUCGAACUCGAAAUACCGAAGUGGUUCGUUUAGUGGAUUUGCUUGACGAAGCCAAGAACCGCAGUAAAGCUGCUCUUAUUGAGCGGGAGAAAGCUGCGGAAUGGACUGAGGCAGAACUUGAACAAAUUGCUGAAGCUGUUGGUUAUGGUGCUGUCAAAUAUGCUGACCUCAAGAACAACAGGUUGACCAACUAUACUUUCAAUUUUGAUCAAAUGCUCAAUGAUAAGGGCAACACUGCUGUGUAUUUGCUGUAUGCCCAUGCUCGUAUUUGUUCAAUCAUCAGGAAAUCUGGUAAAGACAUAGAGGAGUUGAAGAAAACGGGAACAAUUGUGUUGGAGCACGAGGACGAGCGUGUAUUGGGGCUUCAUUUGUUACAAUUUGCCGAGGUUGUCGAGGAAGCUUGCACCAAUUUGUUGCCGAAUGUGUUGUGUGAAUACCUAUACAACUUAUCAGAAAUAUUUACGAAAAAAUUUUAUUCCAACUGCCAGGUCGUUGGGUCGGCCCAAGAAACCAGUAGACUCCUACUUUGUGAAGCUACAGGCACAGUAAUGAGGAAAUGCUUCCAUCUCCUUGGAAUAGUACCUGUUUACAAAAUAUAACCUCGAAACAGUGCCUAUUUUCAAAUUGCUUUUCAGGAAAGAUCGUUUUUGCCGACAUUUGAGUUCAGCCUGAGCGAGGGGGAAAAAGAAAAAGAAGAAGAUUUCAUACAGAACCUUGUAUUGUUUUAGUUUGGUUUAAGCUUAUCCUAAAAGCUUCAGCCUUCUUUAAUUAGUUUGUCAAAUUUUACCACUUCCCCCCAUGUAAUUUGCCUAAGAUAUUGAAUCAGGUUUUAACGAAAUCCAUAGUGUUCUUAGGAGUGGGAGGAUUUACUACUGAUUUGUGAUCUUUAGGAUUAUUUUUGUGUAUCAACUAAGUUAAUUUCGUCCAGAUUCAAUUGCAGGUUCUACAAGUUUGUAUAUUUACAUAAUUAUGUCUUCUUCUU